AUGACACGGCGGGAGGAUGCGAUGGUCUGGUUUUCUGCCAUCGAGGAGAAGAACUACUCAAAGAUUAUAGAGCUGGCCGCUGUUUUCCAAGGCUCACGGGAUAAGUAUGGAGACACAGGCCUUAUGCUUGCUGCGCGGCAAGGAGAUACAAAAGUGAUACAAAUCCUUCUCCCUUAUGAAGCAGGGCUGGCUAAUGAUGAUAAUCAGACGGCACUGAUAGUUGCUGCUCUUUGUGAUAAGGCAAAAGCGUGUAGGUUCCUUGUAGCAUCCGAAAAGGAUUGUCUGCUCUGUGAUGGACGCGAUGCCUUGAUGCUUGCCGCGCAAGUAGGUAAUACUAGUGCCGUGGACGCGCUAGUGGAUCAUUUUCCGGCCAUUCGAGAUAAUAACGGAACCAGCGCCCUGGAUUAUGCCGCAGGUGAGGGCUAUUUAGAAUGUGUCCAGCUUAUUGUUAAGAGGCAGGAUCUCACCCCAGACGAUCUGGAGCAUGCGGUCAACAUUGCAAUGGCUCGCAAGCACUUUGAUAUAGUCACCUAUCUGAAUACCGUGCGCAACACUAUGUUUAAAUCAGCUCUAGGAACACUUGGCGACAGCUCUGCUAGUGAUCUAUUCACAAGUACCAUCGCUCGUACUGCCAAGUUCGCACCCGACACAUUAGAGUACCCCCAAAUUCCAAAGUAUUCCGAAACUCCAAUGAAACUAAACAGAAGCGUUUCUGAUGUAUCUGAAAUGCACGAAGACGGCGACCAUGGACACACGGACCCGGCUGGGAAGCGACUUGUGAACUCCGCCUCCUCUGAACGAGGUCACUUGUCCCAAUCUAGCUUGCAUCUAGAAAAUUUAGACAAUAGCAAUCUUCGUAAUACCUUGUCAGAAGCUCAGAGAAGGGUUGUUCAAUUAACUGAUACUGUUAACAAAAUAGAUUCGUCAACAUUUAAUACCGUUCCGGAAAAGCUCACUCAAUGCCAAGCGGAGCUCGAACAGAUGAAAACAAGAACCAGAGAGCUGGAGGCAUUAAUUGUAACAAAGGAUAAUGAAAUCAAGGGCCUGAAAGAAGACUUGCACUUUUUACUUGCUGCUCGUGAUGAGGACAAUCAGCUCCUGGCUUCCAAGAACAUGGAUAUCUCCCAUUUACAAGAGGAGGUAGCAAGUUUGAAGCAUAAGCUGGUAGAACUUGAAAAGGUAACGCCACCGCAGACUCAAGCAUUCGAUAAAUCCGUUGAGGUCUAUCCAAUUACAAGAGAUGCCUUUAUAAAGACGACUACCCUGGCUGAGAUUGAUUGUUUAAAACCACAACCUCAACAUAUUUCUACAUAUGCCUCACCAGACAUAUCCGCACUGAGCCAAUCAACUAGUAAGCCAGAUGUACACGCCUUGCAAACUGAGUUGGAAACUGCUCGACAGAGUAUCUCUGAUUUGGAAAGGAGAAACAUGACACUUCAGGACGAACUUUUGGCGCUUACGACUGCUGAUACCCAACGGGGUUUACCUAAGACCCUUACAGAUUCCCUUGGCAUCCAGGUGUGCGAGACUUCGCUAGAGUGCUCAGUGGCCAUCCCAGCUCCAGUACAGCCCAAGCGGUUCUCCACGUCUAAGAUUCCUACUGCUCCACUAUCCCAGGUAGCCACCUUAAUGCCCACUUCUCAUACUCCAUUGCCCUCUGGACUCAAAGACUGUGGUAACGACGUUGAGAUUGAACAACUAAAACUUGAAAUUGCUCAGCUAACAGACACUGUUCAGCUUCUCAGUGAAGAAUUGAUAGGAGUCAAGGACGAAAAGAUUCAAUUUGAAGCGGAGGUUGAACAGAUCAUCAAAGGCAAAGACGCUGAAAUUGCGCGAUUAACUCUUCUGUUAGACUCCCCUUCCAAAGCUAAGCUAGUUGUUUCACAUUCCACCAGUAUGGAGCAGCCUCUAUCUCCGAAGCUCACGGACAGAUCUAUUAGUGCUAUUCAUGACAGCGACUCUACUGCCUCUGUAUCCAAGGGCCAUGAGCUAGAGCAUUCUCUUCAGCUAUUCACACCGUUAUUAACGAGUAAGUCUCCACAUGACGCAACGGAAAAACAAGUCAAGCAGUUGCCAGAGGAGAACAGUAAUCACCUCUCUAUGGUUCAGCAGCAAGAGUCUGUAACAGAGCUAGUGCCGACUGCUAAGCAAUAUGUGCCGCCUCAAUCGUGUGUAGAGAUCCAAACUAGUAUGCUGGUUUCAGAUGCAUGUCUCUCCACCUCAACACAACUGGUACAGCUGCCCCCGUCCCCACUUCUAUCAUCAAAUAUAAUUCAGACAUCCUUCGUGGACGCUAAGCCAGAGCUCUUCGAGACUUCCGUGCAGACUCUCCACGUUGAGUCAGAAGAGAUACAUAAGCUUAAGGAGGAGCAUAUGGAGGUAGUAAUGAGGUAUGACGAGCUUAAAAAGAAAGAAUUACUGCUAACUCAGGUUAUCGAAGAUAACCAGCUUUUGACAGAAAGAAUAGGGGUCUACGAAGAAGAACUCAACCACUGUCGUGACUCAGUCAUGGAAAUGAACCAUGAAAAUUUACAUUUGAAACAGAUCACGGAGACACUAAGGCUAGAUAGAGACACCCUCAUGACCAGCUACCAAGAACUACGAGCGGCCUUUGACGAGGUAACCGCUCUUAAGAAUACACAGGAUUCGCAGAUAGAUGAAUUGAGAAACCUUCUAUCUGCACAAUCACACGCCUUCCAUGCAGAGCUGGAUAGCAAGACGCGUGCGGUGGAGGGCCUUACUGAAGAAAAGCACAUGAAAGAGAUUCAGAUUAGUACACUAGAGCAUAAGUUGGACCUUGCAACUACUGACAUGGUCAAUAAACGCAUGCUAGAGACAGAGAAGAUGACUAAUGAAGAGCUUCAAGCAAGACUCAGUGCCCUUGAUCAAGAGAUCUUUGCCUUAAAGAGAGAUAAUCUUGAGCUAGCACAUGAUAAAAAGGCAGUCGAAGAUACCUUGUCACAAACGCGACAGGACUUAAUUUCGAAAGAGGUAAAGCUAGAUUCUACCCUAAUUCUUAAUGAGGACCUUCUGAAAAGAUUGGACGCCACUAACGAGAGUGUGGCAACAGCUAAGUCUAAAGUAAUUGAAUUAGAGGCCACACUUAAGGUUGUAACAGCUGAGAAUAGCACCAUGAAAAAGGCUCUAGAUGAAGCUAAAGUUGCAAUGGAAGAUUCCGACAAUCGUCUCAGGCAUCUCUCCAUAGAGCAUUCGGAACUAUUGGAUCAUCACCAAGUUCUUCGGUCUGAGUUAGACCUGCUUCGUAAUGAAAAUCACAAACUUUCAACAGAGCUGAGCAGAGCAACCUUAGAUGCUAAACAGUCACUAGAGGACCAAAUGAAUAGAGAGCUCAUGCAUUUGCGCUCUGAGUUAGAGGUAAAGACUCUAUCCAUCAAUAAAAUUACAGACGAGCUUUCCUCCACUAUUCGUUCCAAAGAGGAUGAGAUUAGUGAGCUGAAGCAAAAGGUUAAGAAGUAUAAGACCGCAUAUAUCGAUUCAAAGAGUUUCAGCAGUGAUGCCAUUAAGGAAGCUACUGCACAAGAGCUUGCAAAGUAUGAGCAUGGAUUGGAGAUCGCGCACAAGGAGGUUCUAGAGCUUCGGAUGGCCAAUGCCGAGCUAAAGGCAGCUUUGGAAAUUGUGCAAUCCCGUAGCACAGAGGCAGAGGACCUAAAGCACAAGUCAAAGAAGUAUAAGGAUGGAUAUGUACGGAAGUGCAAGCAACUUGAGGAGCUUGAGAAAGAGCUCGAGGGUCUGAGAAAGGAACCCAAGACGAUCAGCGCGCAAUCACGGAUAGUAACAAGUGCAGACGUAUCCAUUCAAACGUGUCCUGCAAGUCGUGACAGCAAAAAAGUAACUCCUGGCUCAGCAUGUGCAACGUUAGCAUGCGAUGAGCCCCAACAUGAUGCCGAGUAUGAUAAUAUAGUUAAUGACCUCAACACACGUCUCAAUGAACAGAUUCAAGAAACGUCGUAUUUUAGGACUCGCGCAGAAGAGUAUUUGAACAAUUAUAACAUCGUGCGUGAGGAACUUCUAUCAACGAGAGAACAACUAGAAGCACAUAUACGCGUUAUUUUAGAAAAGGAAAACGAAAUUGAUGGGCUUAAGCUUCUUAUUUCUAAACUCCAAGGAGAGUCACCUGAUUUGCAGAAGGCCAUGGAAGACGUUGCUCUUUCCGCUUUGAACAUUGAUGAGGAACAAUAUAAUAAUCUAAUUGAGCAAGUUAAUCGUAGCAUAGAAACAAGCUUACUAAACAAGAGUGCCUCAUUGAAUACGUCUUUGAUGGCAAAUAGGUCUAUUGGGAUCGGCAUCAAUGAAAAGUCGUUAAAUUACAAUGAGGGAGAACAGUCGAUCCGUUCUCAGCAGGCAUGUCUUAUGUCUCACUAUACCAUGGAUGUCAGUAAUGUGCAUUCUGAACCUUCUAAUCAAGAAGAACCGCACGAUAUUAUCAACGAACAUAAGUCUCUAUCUGAUAAUGCCAGUGACAUUCGGAAUUUGCAGUACGAGAACAGUCAGCUAUCGGCUGAGUUGAGUCAAAUCAAAGAGGCAUACAGAGCACUGGUGUAUCAGAAUAAUGCUGAUACUAGUGCAGAGGCCCCGUCGCUAAGUAAGCUGUCAGGUUACACAGACCUUAUGACUGCUGUCCUAAAACGAGAUCGAGUAGGGCUUUCAGUCUAUAUUGACCAAGCAGGAAUGACAACUCCUGAUGGAAAGACUGCCCUCAUGGUUGCUGCUGAGUGUAACAAUCUUGAUGCCGUGACACGGCUACUUAGUUCUGAGGCAGGAAUGGUCAGUAAGGCGGGGGAGACAGCCCUUAGUAUAAGCCUACAUAAUAGUCACUUCGCCAUCGCAGAUCUCCUUGUGAAGAGGGAAGGGAUAAAUACAGCAGGUGUUCCUGUCUUAAGGAGAGCCAAAGGCAAUUGUACAGAGAGUCUUGCGACUAGCUCUCUUAGUAUCACCACCUUGAUGACGCCUGAUAAUGGCCUUACAGACCUAAUGAUGGCUGUCCAGCGCAAUGAUAUUGUUGCUGUCUACUGCCUGCUGCCGCUCCAAGCAGGAGUUCAAGACCGAAAUGGCUAUACGGCACUCAUGUAUGCUGCGGAAAAAGGAGCGUAUCCCAUUGUUCGCAUCUUGGCCGAAUUGGGAGAUGAAGCGGGGAAACAAAAUUUACAGGGCGGAUCUGCCCUGAUGUUGGCAGCCCGCAAUGGCCACCUCUCAAUCUGCCAGUUUCUAGCAGACAAAGAAUGCGGUCUUGUCGGGUCUCCCGAUUCACUGUUAGCUCCCCAUCAAACUGCAUUGAUGUUAGCGUGUUUCUAUGGGCACUUGUCCAUUGUGCGUCUUCUUUUCCACAAAGAAAAAUCUAUAGUCAGCACCAGUGGAAAGACGGCCCUUUCCUAUGCAAGAUACCCCUGUAGUAGCGUUGAUUUUAAGACGCGAGCAAAGGUUUUAUCCUAUGUGGAGUCAAACAUGUAA